AGACUGGCAGAAGAAGCGACAUGAUGGAGACUCCUGUGUGUGUUAUUGCUAAGUAAAACUGUUAAUUGUGCUUCCAAUGUGGGUGAUUUCAUUUUUUUCACCUAAUGGUUUGCAGCACAUUAACUUGGCAAUUAACGGAAGAUUAAACUACCUUUUAAGAGUUGGAAAAGCGUGUAAAUUGACUGAUGAAAGAAACGUUAAUGGAGAACGACGAUCCCCAGAAACUGAUGCCCGAGCCUCGCAUCUUUGUGGAGAGAACUUUGGCUUUAAUCAAACCUGAUGCUAUCCACAAAACCGACGAAAUUGAGGAUAUUAUUCUUCAAUCUGGUUUUACGAUUUUGCAGAAAAGACGGCUUCAGCUGAGUCCAGAGCAAUGCAGUGAUUUCUACGCUGAGCAUUAUGGGAAGCUGCAUUUCCCCCAUCUGACUGCCUUCAUGAGCUCAGGGCCGGUGGUGGCUCUAGCGCUGGCCCGAGACCAGGCCAUUGCCACCUGGAAAGCCAUAAUGGGACCAGUCAGCAGCAUAAAGGCCAGAGAGACGCAUCCUGACUGUCUGAGAGCGAGGUUUGGCACGUGUGACCUGAGGAAUGCUGUCCACGGCAGUGAAACCUUCUCUGCGGCUGAGAGGGAGAUCAGGUUCAUGUUUCCCCAUUCUGUGAUUGAACCCAUUCCUAUGGGAGAAGCUGCCAAAGAUUACCUAAGUCGGUUCAUCAACCCAACACUUCUCGUUGGACUGACAGAGCUGUGCAAGAUAAAGCCAGAGGACCCCUAUACAUGGCUUGCUGACUGGCUGAUGAACAAUAACCCUAACAAGCCCAAAGUAUUGGAUGGAGCAGCAGUAGAGGAGGCAGCCUGAUUUCCUUAUUUUAAGCAUUUGACCUAGAAUGUGUUCAUAUUUUAAAUUAUUUUGGUAUUUUCCCCCUCAUACUGUUUGAAAAUGCCUUGUUUAAAACAUUAAAGAGUUGUUUCUAAA